AUGCCCACCCAACACCCCUCUCAUACCCACCAGCAAGCGCGCAUAGAGGUGGACGCCUCUCACAUCAUCUUACACUCGCCAGACCCUGUUGCCCCUGUGGGCGUGCUGCGAAUCACAGCCUUCCACGUGGCACCCAAGACCCAGGAUGGAGCUACUGCUGCUGAUGCUCCUGAUGCUGCUGACGUGGCACUCCCUCCUCCGGUGAUCAUUGAUGCCAAUGACGAGGAUUCUUUUAAAGAGGACGACAAUGGGACAGCAGAGGGAGCAGCAGGGGGAGCCACAAUUGGAACAGGGGCAGCAGCAGGAGAAGAAGUCACGGGGUUGGCUGGAGUGCGGGUGGCAGUGACGGCGCAGCGGCAUGGGUUCACCCUCAUUGCAUGCGACACACAUGGCCACGAUGCACAUGAUCUGCCCUCCCAUCUCUCCAUCGCCCUUUCUUCUAUCUCCCACACCCUCCGCGCCCUCUCCCUCUCCUGGGCCCACGCCCUCUACGUGCACCUGUACCUUGCUGACAUGGCGCAGUUCGGCGCCGCCAACUCAGCGUACGUGCGCCACGUCACCGAAGCCGAGUGCGUGGACGGCGUGCCGUCGCGCUCCACAGUGGAGCUGCCACUUGGCGCUUCCUCAUUGGAUGACACGAGCCAAAGUGAUGGUACAGGCAGCAGCAGCAGUACAGGUGGAAGCAGCAUGGAAGGUUCUCGGAAGGGAUGCAGUGUUGCAGUUGAUAGUACGAGCUUCAAUGGAGUGCUGUGGAUGGCGGGGCAGCUGGGUCUGGACCCUCCAGUAAUGGAGCUGUGCACUAGCUUCAUGGGAGUGCUGUGGAUGGCGGGUCAGCUGGGCCUGGACCCUCCAAUCAUGGAGUUGGUGGGGGGAGGGGCGAGGAGACAAGCAGAGAGAGCGCUGAGGAGCUGUGAGGCUGUUGCUGGUGUGGUGAAGGGGAGAGGUGGGGCUGUGGGGUGGGGGAAGGGCGGGGGCGAGAGUGAGGAGGGGAUUUGGGGGGGAGAGAGUGGAGGGGGAGGGAGUGGGGAGGAGGGCGGAGAGGAAAAGAGUGGAGAGGAGUCAGCUGCUGAUGGUGGCGUGUCAGGUAUUGCUAAUGCUACACGACAAGGGAGAGAGGAGGAAGAGGAGGAAGAGGAAGAGGAGGAGGAGGAGGAGGAGGAGGGAGUGAUAGCAGCAGAUCCGUUGCUGCAAUAUGUAGUGGUACCAGGAUUGCCUAAAGGCGCUGCUGUUGAGAUCGCUCCUCUCCUUGCCUCCCCAUCUCUCUCCUCCUCUCCCUCAUCUUACUCUUCCUCCUCCACGUCUUCCGCCACCUCAGCUGCCCCGUGGCCGACAGCAGCAGGGGAGUUCUGCCGCGUGCACCUGUGGGUGGAGCAGGUGAAGGGGGAGCAGCGGGGAGGGUGUGGCACCAACGUCCCUGUUGCUCCCUUUGGGCCGAGGACAGGGAGCAGUGGUGGCAGAGCAGGGAGUGAAUCUGGAGGGGGAGGGGAGGGCGUGGAGUCAUGUGCUGGUGGCAGCUUCGUGGAUGGGGUUGCUGGCGGAUGCGUCAGCGUGCUGUCAGAUGCCCUCCACGUGGCGCGACUUGAUUGGCCCGAUGUUGCGAUGCUCCGUGUGUAUGUUCCAGUGGGAGAACCGAUCCCCAUCCCUGCCUUGUCACUCGCCAUCAAGGCUCAUCUCUCCAAGACCCUGCACAACCGAACCCAAUCCCAACCCUCCCACGGAACACCUGCUUCAAGCCACCUCUCUGGCCCUGCUGCUGCUGUGCCGUGCCCCAUAGUGGUGCCGGUGACAGCAGUGGGGCCCAAAGCUGCUGCCGAUGCUCUCCUGGCAGUAGAGAUGACGGCUUUUGGGGCUUGGAUAUAA